UUUACUAUUAACGGUAGAUUUCGUCAUUGACGUUCACAACAAAUUAGUUGACCAUAAUUUAUGUGUGGUGAAAGGUUGGGGUAUAAAAGGCUGUUUUUGAUUUCCUUACCGCGAGAAUGAACAGACUGCAUUUAAGCCGAUGAAUCUUAAUUGAAUUGUGUAGGUGAACAAUGUCGAACGAAAUUUUUGGAGAUGACCAUGAGGAAGAAAUACAGUUGAUAGAUAUUGAAACCCUGGAGUUUGUGGAACAUAUAGACAGUGGUGGAAUGGCAAAUAUAUCGCUUUAUAAAUGGAAUACAAACGGAUCUACAACUUUGGUGGCAAAGAAAAGUUUAUUUCGUGGAUCAAUGACUCGCAGAUACCGCUCAAACUUGAAAAAAGAGAUGGCAAUUCUGGCUCGACUCGAUCACGAAAACAUUGUAAGAACAUAUGGAGCAGUCGAAACUGUCGACGAUUUUGGGCUUGUCAUGGAAUACCACCAAUUCACUUCAUAUUUGAAAUUUUUCCGUUGUUUAUGGGAUAACAUACAAAAAACAUCAACAAUUGACAAAGUGUUGGUGCCUCUGAAGAUCAAAAUAAUAUCAGAGGUCAUAUCAGCAAUGAAUUAUCUACACAACAGGAAUCCACCAAUUCUACAUUUGGAUCUAAAAAGUGGCAAUGUGUUGCUGAAUAGUGAAUUACACGCUAAGAUAUGCGAUUUUGGAUUGAGCCAAAUGCGAAUGUUGAAUACAUUACGCUCAAGAUCGACUGUGACAGCGAGUUCUAUUAUUGGAACAUAUGGCUACAUCGACCCUCAGAGACUUCAGGAUAUACAUGUUAAGCCCACGAUAAAGUCUGAUGUUUAUGCCUUUGGAAUUUUGCAAUGGGAAAUAUUGACAGACAAAAUAUCUUAUGAAGAACUGGACAAUGCACUAAUUGCUUUCCAUGUUGCAAAUAGAGAGCUCCGUCCAGAUAUCUCCCAGGUUCCACAUGUACUGCCUGAGGAACUAAUAAAUAUGAUGGAAGCAUCGUGGGCACAAGAACCAUCAGACAGACCAACAUUUGAAGAGCUCGACGACCAUAUUCAAACGAUUAUAAAUCGUAUUCCUGCUUAUAAAGAACAAGUUCGACAAUCGAGAAUACAAAUAUUAACGCUGUACAGAUCACUGAUGGAAAGGUGUUCCUUUGCUUCACAAAGCAGCUCACAAUGUUUGAGCCAUCGGGGGCACCAACCUUACAGCAGUGGCCUUAACGACAGAAGAUAUCCAUUAAAUGAAGGUGACCGUCCUCGCAGACCCAUAAGUGCACCUAACCGUGGAAGUGUAACAAAACCCAUGACAGAUGAUCCCGAAGGAAAUGGGCAUUCACUUCGAGAUUUAACAAAUGAUGAACUAGCACCACUGUUGCAGCCUUCCGUGUCUGUUCCAAGAUAUGUUUUGGAGAAAAAGCUUGUGUCUACAAAGAAGGUUCUUCUCGUCUUAGCUCUGUUUUUAUCUGUUUGUGCAAUUACUUCAGUUGGAGUUGUUGUAUGGAAAACGAAAGAAAAUAAAAACUCACCAUGCAGGAAACUGGACGCCCCAGAACAUGGGAAUGUGACUUGCUCAACUGGGUCUGAUCAAUACAAUAUUAAAUGUAAUUUUGUGUGCGACGAAGGUUACGGAAUUAUUGGAAAGAUACGAUUCUAUGCAGUGGGGGAAAAUGGAACGACAAAAAGCCUGUUUGCGAGAGAGUUUGCGAUCAGCCAGAACCAGUAUCCAAUGGGGAAUUGAACUGCACUCACCAAUAUUUUGUGAAUUCAACAUGCACUGUGAAAUGUCUAAACAAUCACCAAAUUCAGGGAAACAAAACCAUUUCAUGCGAAACAAACGGAAAUUGGUCAAAUCCCGAACCUUCCUGUACCUGUCCACACUGUUACGUAGGAGAUAAAUGUGAAUAUUCUAUAUUAUGGACCAAUGUUGAUGCAACUCUAGAUGACUUACAAAUGUACCAAGUAAUACCGGUAAAUUAUGGCCGUCACACUUUUACCUGUACCGCUGGAAUAUAUAAGUGGUUUAAGUUUCACGGAAAAUGCGAAGACUCAACAGCUCAUCAAUCACAAGAUUGUAAUGCAGGCGAUGGAUAUGAUUCAGCUUCAGGAGGAGCAAAGCAUGCGGCGGCCGAGUUGAUUCGUAAACUUGUUCGACAAACAUUAUAUCCUGAACCCUGUGAUCCUCAAAACAUGCCUACGAAUUGCUGACUAUCGCAGUCUUUUAUCUAAAAUAGAUAACCGUUGGCUUCAAAGAUAAAUCCAGAUGUGAAAUGCCAGACAUCGAUACAAUGGAAUUACGACUUAACCAUCGCUACUAUCACAAAUACAAUCUAUUUUCUUCUGCAAAUAUUCUCAAGUAAUAUUAAACUUAUACCAUUAAAUGAUUAAAGCUGUUUACUGUGAUGCACAGAUGAGCAAAGGUAUCAACCAUGCUCAUGUACCAAGCAAAACUCUAACAGUGAAUUACAGAGAAAAAGACGGAUAUUAAACUAUAGUCAUGUUGUGAUUAGCUAAAUGGUGGUUUUGACUUCUUGCUAUAUUAGUCUCCGACUUCGUUCUGUAAGAUGUUAUUAAAUUCCGAAUUCACAACCUUGCUACUGAAGCUCAAUUUAUCUGAUUCAACACCGUGAUUGCGCGGUAAUUUUUUUUAUUUCAAAAUAAUUUUUCGAGUGUAACUAUAAUAUGGUUUAUUCAGAACCACAUUUUCAGUUUGUGAAAUCAUUGUUCUCAAAUUAUUAUUUAGUCACCAAUUGCAGUUUUCUGUUAAGAAAGAAUACGAUUUUGUAAUAUUUCCAUGCGAAUUCUAUUGCGUUAUUAUAACAUCACAUAAACAUGAAUAUAUUAAAAUAUGACUAUAGCUUAAAAACGUGAUUGUAUUUUAGUCAAGGUUACACCUUAAGGAUUUUGGACACUUCUAUAGAAUUAUUUAAACUCAAGAUAUAAAUUCAAACCAAUGUUCUGUAUAUUUGUUAUUGAUAAAUAAGUACCAGUGUGGGUAUGCCGUUAUUAUUUUGACAGUUGUACAGUAAGACAAAAAUGCAAUAUUUUAUUCAUUACAUGAAAACUAAGAUAGAAAAUUUGCUACUAUAAGUAGUAUUUAUUACUUUAUUUCUUCUCAUACUUCUGUCUGAAUGACAUUAAAAAAAAAAUAUUUUGAAAGAUUUUGGAUGUUUUGCUUGCUGUAGAAAUGCAAUAUUAGAAUUUCUUGGAACUUCCGAUGCUAUAUUGUGUAUAUACUGAACACUCAAAACAUACAAUUGCAUUAGCAUGGUACAACAUGCGGUAUUCAUCUUCAGGCUAUUCUGCAAGCCUUACUGCCGGUUUUUAUGUCAAUCAG